AUGGGCAAGCCAAAGAGGCAAUCUGCCGGCAGGGCUCGACAGCCAGUGUCCUUGAACCCGGAAUCAUUUUCGAAUCUCACAGCCAAGAUCGAGGGAAAACUAGGCAAAGCUGUCAAAGAUAACUCAACCGAUAACAAGAAGCGCAAACACGUCUCCGACGAGCCAUUGGAGAGCUCGCAUCAACGGAAAAAGCACGCCCAUCGUCGCGACAAGUCCACGAGCGGGCGAGGCGACAUUACGACCAAGGUGAAGGGCAAGAAAGGCGCGCUCCUCAACCGCGAGGAUCUCCUUGAGGAGAUCAGGGCUUUGGGAGGAGACGAAGAGGACCUGAAGCUCAUCGGAGACAUUGAUUCGGACGACGAGGACGCCGCUGAGGAAGCCAACUCUCUGGCCAAUAUUGACGGAAAGCUUCAGAGUGAGCUUGCUGCUUUCGCAGCCCAGCUCGGCCUCCAGCAACAUCACGAAGCAGCAACAGCCCAGGAUGCAGAAGAAUCCCCGGAGGAGGAGGAGACAGAGGAGGACGAAGCGAGCGAGGCAGAUGAAGUUGGUGAAAGCGACGACCAGUCUGCCCAGGAGGACGCAGCUGCAGAAGUCCAUGCACCGCAACAACCUCCCCGUAAGGAUGUCAAAGAUACGUUCAAGAAGCAGUUCAAAUUCGAACCUCGUGCUGAUUGGCACGGGGCGGAACUGAGCCAGCUCCCAGACCCUACGUCCCCCGAAGUGAAUGGUUUCCUUGGCGUCAUCAGUGCUCUCAAAGCUCAUGCAGUCGCUCUUCUGGAGGCGGAUGCGGCAGCGUACAAUAAGAGCGUCCUGGCAUCAUCCUCUCGAAAGUUCCUCUCCACCAUCAUGUCUUCCGGAACGCUCUCCGACAAAGUCUCUGCUCUCACCUUGGCAAUUCAAGAGUCACCACUGCACAAUGUCAAGGCUUUUGAGUCUCUCCUAGGCCUUGCGUCCAAAAGGAGUCGUGCUCAGGCCAUUGGCGCUCUUGGCGCUCUGGUUGAUCUGCUCGGUCCGGGUCUAGUCCUACCCCCUAAUAGGAGACUGCGUGCCUUUCAGACUCAACCUGGUCUCAUUGGAGUUCUGCAGCGAUCCUCUGUCAAGAAUUGGAACUCCAGCCAAGCCUUACCGGGUCGCUUAACGGAUGCACACCUCAUCCAGUGGGCUUACGAGGAUUGGCUCAAGAUAUCAUACUUCAAGAUCAUCCAGCUCCUUGAGGUCUGGUGCAACGACGAGAUUGAAUACUCUCGCACCCGUUCCAUCGACUUUGUCUACGGCCUGCUCAAGGACAAGCCCGAGCAAGAGACCAAUUUGCUCAGGCUCUUGGUUAACAAAAUGGGCGACAAGGACCGCAAGAUUGCCUCAAGAGUUUCCUACCUUCUUCUUCAGCUUCAGAACACCCACCCCGGAAUGAAGCAGGUUGUGAUCAAGGGCAUAGAGCAGGAAGUUCUACUCCGACCAGGUCAAACUUUCAGGGCCAAGUACCACGCUACGAACACUCUGAACCAGACGAUACUGAGCAACCGCGAAGGUGGCACGGCAGAGGCACUGCUCCGCAUUUAUUUUGAGAUUUUUGUUACUCUUCUCAACAGUUCCGCACUUGGCAAAGCAUCUGCCGAAAGUCAGCAGGAUCGUGCUUCCAAAGAGACUGGCGUUACAACGGAGACAGCCGAUAAGCUGGUUACCGCAGUAUUGACAGGUAUCAACCGCGCUGUGCCGUUCGUGGCCGAGCAAGACCCGAUCCUCGAAUCCCAAAUGGACACUCUUUUCCGAAUUGCGCACUCGACGAACUUCAACACAAGUAUUCAGGCGCUAAUUCUGAUUCAGCAAAUAUCGGUGUCAAGGCACCUGGCUUCCGACAGGUUCUACAGGACGUUGUACGAAUCCUUGCUGGAUCCGCGACUUGCCAACUCCUCUAAACAAGCCCUUUAUUUGAACCUGAUUCUGAAGUCUCUCAAGGCCGAUGUUGACACGAGGCGGAUUAAGGCCUUUGCGAAGAGAAUGUUGCAGAUUCUCAACUUGCACCAGCCUGCUUUCGUCUGUGGCUUGAUAUACGUGGUGUUCCAACUGCGGACUCAGUUCCCCGACCUUAGAGCACUCCUUGAAGAACCAGAGGAUAACGACACAGAAGAGGCGACUAGCCAGCCCUCGGCAGAGGAUCAGAAUGUAUCUGUUUCUAGAGGAAGUGUGUACGAUGGCCGCAAAAGAAACCCAGAACAUAGCAAUGCUCAGAACAGCUGUCUCUGGGAAAUUAUACCACCCCUCACUCACUUCCACCCGUCCGUGUCUCUACUGGCCGCAAGUCUGUUCUCAAAUGAGAAGCAGAUGGCUAAACCCGACCUAGAGAGCCAUAGCUUGAUCAGAUUCCUCGACAAGUUUGUGUACCGCAGCCCGAAGGCGGCAGAGACUGCUAGGGGAGCAUCUAUCAUGCAGCCGGUCCGCAAUCCUGAUUCUGGCAGUAUCUGGCUCGCGAAGAGAACUGGCUCAGGUGCAGCUGCGCCAAUUAAUACGCCUAAGUUCUGGAACAAGAAGGUAGACCAGGUCGCAGCGGAGGAUAUCUUCUUCCACGAAUACUUCAAGCAAGCGGGCAAGAAGGUCGAGGGUGGUAAGAAGAUCACUGAACAAUCGUCAUCUGGACUAGAUGAGGUCAGUGCCGAGGAUGACGCCGAACAAGAGGAUGAGAUUUGGAAGGCCUUAACUGCCUCGCAUCCCGAUGGUCCAAUCGAGAGUGACGAUGACGACCUUGACAUGGAUGGAUUCGACGACAGCGAUGACGAGUCCGAUGGUGGCGUUAUCUUCUCUGACGGCUCCGACGCCGAACUUUCGGAUGGCGACGAAGAUGACGGAGACGACGAAGAUGCUGGCGAACUCCAUGGCGAGGAAGGAGACGACGAUGAGGCGAUGGAGGAUGAGGGUGGCCCCGAGCUGUCUGCAGUACCUGGAGAGGCCGAGGAAACUAGCCAGAAGAGCAAGAGCGCCGCCCGAUCAUCCAGGAGGAAACUCAAGGACUUGCCCAUGUUUGCGUCGGCAGAUGAUUAUGCCGAACUCUUGGCGGCAGAGGAGGAGGACAUGUAA